AUGGGCGGCCGCAACAAGAAGCCGCGCGCGGGGAGCGCCACGGCCGCCACCGCCACCGCCACUGCCACCGCCCGCGCCCGCGCCGCCCCCGCCCCGGCCGGAGCAGCCGCGGAUCCGGGCAGCCGGGGCGCCCCGCCAAGACCAGCGCCAGCCUCCAAGGAGCCGCGUGUCAAGCAAGGUCCAAAAACUUACAGUUUUGGUUCAACAACAGAUUCCAGUGCUGCUGCAAAUCUAGAUAAAUCUGUUCUUAAGGUAAUGAUAAAUGGUAAUUUGGAGAAAAGAAUUAUUGAUGUGAUUAAUAACCAUAAAAACCAAAAUGAUGACAAAGGAAUGAUUUCAAAAAGACUAACGACAAAGAAACUACAGGAUGUAUACAUGGCUUUACAAAGAUUCUCUUUCAAGACUGAGCACAUUGAGGAAGCAAUGAAAAAUACACUUUUGUAUGGUGGUGAUCUUCACUCUGCRCUUGACUGGCUUUGUUUAAACCUUCCUGAUGAUGCCUUGCCUGAAGGCUUUAGCCAGCAAUUCGAGGAACAGCAGCAGAAACCUAGAGCAAAAUUUUGUUCUGCUGUGUCACAACGUGGACCACCGCCUCGCUUAGAAGAUAACARGAAGAAAGAAAAUGGCCCUGAAACUAAGGAAACGAAUGUGAGGAAAGAGAAAGAAUUGAGUAUGAAGGAAUGGAUAUUGCGAUACGCUGAGCAACAGAGUGAUGAAGAGAAGGAUGAGUCUGUGAAAGAGACAGAUGAAGAAAAGUUUGAUCCAAAUGAGAGGUAUGUACAUCUGUCUGCCAAGCUUUCAGAAGCGAAAGAACAAGCAAGCAUCUCCAAGCAAGACAAAGACAAGCAAGGCCAGAAGGCAGCACAAGAGAAAAUAAGAAGAAUUCAGCAAGAAAUGGCAGUACUUGAAGAACACCCAGUAUUUAACCCAGCUAUAAAGAUUUCAAACCAGCAGCAAAAUGAAAAGAAAAAAACUCCCUCACCUCAGCCUCAAGAAACCACUUUGAAUUUGAGUUUGCUUGAAAAACCUGAUGGUGCUGCAAAGGAAGACAAAGUGAAAAAGAGAGAACCACUAGAURUAAGAAAUUUUGAUUAUAGUGCUCGAAGCUGGACUGGUAAAUCUCCAAAACAAUUUUUGAUUGACUGGUGCAGGAAGAAUUUUCCCAAGAGCCCAAAUCCUGCUUUUGAAAAAAUUCCUGUUGGAAAAUACUGGAAAUGUAGGGUCAGGAUUAUCAAGUCAUCAGAUGAUGUAAUGGCCAUGUGUCCUACAAUUGUAACAGAAGAUAGUAUGCAAGCGCAACAUCUGGCUGCUACUUUGGCACUCUACCAUUUAACCAAAGGACAAUCAGUUCAUCAGUUGCUGCCUCCUACCUACAGAGAUGUCUGGCUAGAGUGGAGGGAUACUGAAAAGAAAAAGGAAGAAGAAAGCAAGAUAGAAACCAACAAGCCUCGUGAUACCUUUAUUGCUAAAUUAUUAAACAAACUCAAACAACAACAGCAGCUACAGUCGGAAAAUCAACCAAAACUACCUGAGGGUCCUGAAGAUUCCUGGGAAAACUUAGUUUCUGAUGAGGACUUCAGCAGUCUCUCCCUUGAGACCUCAGAUGCUGGUAACUUGGAACCUGCAAGGAUUUUGUUUAAGAAACUGCAAAGUUCCUCCAGAUACCAGAGGCUUCUGAAAGAGAGACAGGAGUUACCUGUGUUUAAACAUAGAUACUCAAUUGUAGAAACACUUAAAAAACAUCGAGUGGUUGUUGUUGCUGGUGAAACAGGCAGUGGGAAGAGUACCCAGGUGCCCCAUUUCUUGUUAGAAGACUUGUUGCUAGAUGAAGGAUCAAAAAAAUGCAACAUUGUUUGCACACAACCCCGAAGAAUCUCAGCAGUGAGUCUUGCAACCAGGGUCUGUGAAGAGCUAGGCUGUGAAUCAGGACCAGGAGGAAAAAAUUCUCUGUGUGGAUAUCAAAUUCGUAUGGAAUCAAGAACAGGAGAAGCCACCAGACUACUGUACUGCACAACCGGUGUCCUGCUUCGGAAACUUCAAGAAGAUGGUCUUCUUUCAAGUAUAUCUCAUGUCAUUGUAGAUGAGGUACAUGAGAGAAGUGUCCAGUCUGAUUUCUUGCUAGUUAUUCUGAAAGAGAUCUUGCAUAAGCGUUCAGACCUCCAUCUGAUUUUAAUGAGUGCCACUGUAGACAGUGAGAAGUUUUCCAGCUAUUUUUCACACUGUCCCAUUUUAAGGAUCUCAGGGAGGAGCUACCCAGUUGAGAUUUUCCAUGUUGAAGAUAUAAUUGAAGCAACUGGCUACGUUCUGGAGAAGGACUCAGAAUAUUGUCAGAAGUUCUUGGAGGAGGAGGAGGAAGUAACAAUAAAUAUUACUGGUAAAGGAGGAAGUACUACAAAGCACCAGGAAUAUGUUCCAAUCCAGUCUGGAUCUGGUAUCGAUUUGGCUCCUUACUAUGCAAAGUAUAGCGGUCGUACUCAGCAGGCUAUCCUAUAUAUGAACCCAUACAAGAUCAACCUUGAACUUAUUUUGGAGUUGCUUGCAUAUUUAGAUAGAAGUCCCCAGUUCAAGAACAUUGAAGGUGCUGUGCUGAUCUUUUUACCAGGCCUUGCCCAUAUCCAACAGCUGUAUGAUCUCAUUUCAACUGACAGACGAUUUAACUUGCGUGACAGGCAUAGAUUGAUAGCUCUGCAUUCUGUUCUUUCAACUCAAGACCAAGCAGCUGCAUUUACAUUACCUCCUCUUGGUAUUAGAAAGAUUGUUUUGGCAACCAAUAUUGCAGAGACUGGUAUUACAAUACCUGAUGUUGUCUUUGUAAUUGAUACUGGGAGAACAAAAGAAAAUAGGUAUCACGAAAGCAGUCAGAUGAGUUCCCUGGAAGAGACCUUUGUUAGUAAAGCUAGUGCUCUGCAGCGGCAAGGAAGAGCUGGGCGUGUUAGGGAUGGGUUCUGCUUCCGAAUGUACACGAGAGACAGGUUUGAAAGUUUCAUGGACUAUUCCAUUCCAGAAAUACUGCGUGUGCCUUUGGAGGAAUUAUGCCUUCAUAUUAUGAAAUGCGGUCUUGGCUCUCCUGAAGAUUUCCUUUCCAGAGCAUUAGACCCACCACAGCAGCAAGUAAUUGGUAAUGCAAUGAACCUGUUGAGGAAGAUCGGGGCUUGUCAGUUAAAUGAACCCAAGCUGACUCCCCUGGGCCAGCAUCUUGCAGCUCUUCCUGUUAAUGUAAAGAUUGGCAAAAUGCUUAUAUUUGGUGCUAUAUUUGGCUGUUUGGAUCCUGUGGCAACUCUGGCUGCUGUUAUGACAGAAAAAUCCCCGUUUACUACACCUAUUGGKCGAAAAGAUGAAGCAGAUCUUGCAAAAUCAUCUCUAGCCAUGGCAGUUUCAGACCAUAUAACAAUCUACAACGCUUAUCUGGGGUGGAAGAGGGCUCGACAGGAAGGGGGGUAUCGUGCUGAAAUUACUUACUGCAGAAGAAAUUUCCUUAAUAGGACUUCCCUGUUAACUCUGGAGGAUGUGAAGCAAGAACUCAUACGGGUGGUCAGAGCGGCAGGGUUCACAGCACCUUCAACACAGUGUGGAUGGGAUGCAAGUGGAGCGACACAAUCCCUAUCUCUCAGUGAAAUAGCUCUACUUAAAGCUGUAUUGACUGCAGGGCUGUAUGACAAUGUAGGAAAAAUACUGUAUACGAAGUCUGUGGAUAUUACAGAGAAGCUGGCUUGCAUGGUGGAAACUGCUCAGGGUAAAGCGCAAGUUCAUCCCUCUUCUGUAAAUCGAGACUUGCAGACAUAUGGAUGGCUGCUUUACCAGGAGAAGGUGAGGUAUGCCAAGGUAUAUUUGAGAGAGACUACUCUAAUAUCCCCCUUUCCCAUCUUGCUUUUUGGUGGGGAUAUAGAAGUCCAGCAUCGCGAGCGUCUCCUGACAGUUGAUGGCUGGAUCCAUUUUCAGGCUCCUGUUAAGAUUGCAGUAAUUUUCAAACAGCUGAGAGUUCUCAUUGAGUCUGUUUUGAAGAAGAAGCUUGAAAAUCCCAAAAUGUCGCUUGAAGAUGACAAGGUGUUACACAUCAUCAAAGAGCUGAUAAAAACAGAAAAUAGUAACUGAAACCAGAAAUCAGUAACAAACCAGAACUUCAGUAAUUGCAGGGGAAAUAUGCACUCCAACAUUAAUUGAAAGUAUUUAAAUGCUUAGCAUGGUUGAUGCCAGCCAUAAUGGGGAUAGACUGCAUGAUUUUGCAUAGGAUCAAUCUUUCUCUAUAUCACUUUAGAGAGGAGCAUUGAAUAUAUUUAGCCUUUGCAGUUCAUUUGGUGCCAUUUGUCUGACUGUACAAAUAACUGCAAGCAGUUUCUUUUCAGAACAGAAAUGGCUGUGAAUAAUUCCUCUUUUUUAGCUUAAUGUGCUAAUCAUACCAUCAGAUGAUUAAAGAUUCGGUCCUGAAUCUGAAUUGAAUAGAAUUCCAUGUGUGCAAACAGAAGGCAAAUGUUUCUCAUAUGGAUUUCCUAAGCUAUGUUUUUUUUUAAAAACUAGGAAUUUAUGGUGUUCAGCCAAUACAUCUUAGAGAAGUCUUAAUUUUUCUGUAUGAUUUACAUAAGAAGAUGCUCCAUAACAGAACAUGUGCCUCUUCAGAGGAUGUGCUCCUUCUCACAGUUAGUUGUCCCUAUUCACCCUACCCUUGCAACUCCUGCGACUGUAAUUCAUUUUGCUGUCCCUUUUUUGUAUGUUAAGUUUUGCAUAGUCCUGCAAGCAGCCUUCAAAUGAUGAUCAUGUUUUUUUUUCCCCUUAUUGAUCAAAGUUCAGGUUGACCCUCUUCAAGGAAAUAGAGAAGUUCCUAGUGGAACCUUCCAGUGGCAGUUCUCUCCUACCACUUGCUCAUAAUGACUGAGUCUGUGUGAUUCUUUGUUUCUUAAUACUGAAUAAUCCUUAACUGGGUAGCUUAAUGAGUCAGAUGUUCUUACAUUCUGCCUAUCCAAACUAUUUCCAAUUAUGAAGUGCAAUUUUAGAUCACCAGCUCAGCUUUCAGGAAUAAGGAAUAUAUUGGUGGGGAGGGUUUGCCAUUAAACAGUUACAGUCAAGUAGGAACUGUCUUUACAGACAGAGACACAGUGUGGAUUACAACUUUUGUUUAAUAUGAAAAAUAAAGAUUUUAUACAGCAGAGAUUAAUCAUGCACAGAAAGGGCACUGAGGAAAAUUCAUGAAAAUGCAAAACAUGGUGCCUGUCCAGUGAUACUAUCAGAGCAGAAUUGGUAUUGCUGUCCAGUUUGUGCAUGUUACCUUACACUCAGUUCUGGGAGAGGCAGGCUUGCUGAGAGGCAAGCUUGCUGAGAACUGUGAGGAAACUGGGAUCACAUCUGUUACUCUUUUAUGGUAAUCGAGUGGUAAUCCUGGCUUUAUAGGAGAGACAAGAACUGAGUACUGGGUGGUUUUUUUUUGUGACACCAUGUAGGCAAGGAAGCAUUUGAAUAGGAAGUUUUUUCUUAGACCUUAAGACCUCAACUUUGCCUUCUGUAUUCCCAGGCACUGAAAUCAAAACCUACUAACUAUAGCCAUUGAAGAUACAAAGUAAAUCUGCACCCUAAAAAAUCUCAUCGGUUUUGUUCUGGUUGAGAUAUUUURUUUGUAACAUUUGGAAACAUGAAUUAGAAAAAUAUUUCAGUAAUUCAGUAACUAGCAAGCUCCUGUUCCUUUUGGGUUUGAAUUUUGCAAAUCGGUUGUUGGUCUUAAGUGGUUAAUCUUAGCGAAAGUGUGAAUUGUGUUUGAGUUCUUCUCCCUUAUUCAAAUGUGAUGAAUAGAGAGAAUUUUUUCCAUUUAUGGAUGGUAAUGUUGAGAUUCAGAGUUAUUCUGUGUGUUUCUCUAGCAUGCUCUGCUUUGUAAUCUUUGAAAUAAAUAAUUGAAAUAAGUUAAGGGGAUAUAUUGUAAUUACUGGGAAAUUGCACGAUGUAUGUGAGCAAGAGUUUUCUCUAAAACAAAUUAAGGAGGUUGCACUGUGGUGUACAGGUAAGCACAGUUAUCUUUAACAAAAACAAAUACUACGGUGGAUUUCUGCUUCUGCAGUAUACAUGAGCAACUUUUGUGCCUGUACUCUUUUGGGUGGAUGAAAUUUCUCUUUUGCUCUAUUUAUUUAAUAAAGACUUCUGUUAACA